AUGCCAAAGUCUGCAAAAGGAGAAGUAUAUAAAAAAAAAUAUACUGAGGAAGAUUUAGAAGCGGCAAUCCAAGCAAUUCAAAAUGGUAUGUCUAAAAGAGCAGCUGCCAAAGUAUUUGGGAUACCUCGAGGAACUUUGCAGUUUCGAUUACAAGGGAAUUUUUUAAAAACGAGACCGGGUCCGCCUACAAUCCUUACAAAUGACGAGGAAAACACUUUGGUUGAGUGGAUAAUACAAAGCAGUAGAAAAGGUUUUCCACGGCGUAAAGAAGAUCUAUUACAUAGUGUUACUGACUUUCUAAAGAAAUCACCUAGGCCAAAUAAUUUUAUAGAUAAUAAGCCAGGAGAGGGGUGGUACAAGUUGUUUCUUAAACGUCACCCCGAAAUAGUACAAAGAACGGCUGAAGCUGUUACUUCGGCAAGUGCCAAUGUAUCAGAAAAGAACAUCAAAAAAUGGUUUCAGCAAAUUGAAACUUGGUUAGAAGAAGAAGAAUUCCUGCAUAUCCUACGAGAUCCUAAACGUAUUUUUAACGGUGAUGAAACAAAUUUCUUGUUAUGUCCAAAAACCUCCAAAGUUUUAGCCCUAAAAGGUACUCGCGACGUGUAUGAAGUGGAUAACGCGCCUGCGAAAUGUGGACUGACAGUGAUGUUCACAUUUUCGGCUACCGGAGUUAUUACACCACCGAUGAUUAUCUACCCACUCAAACGUAACAGAGCAGAUAUUACGGCGUCUGUACCACCAGAAUGGGGUAUAGGUCUGUCAUCAAAUGGAUGGAUGAACAAAGAUCUAUUUUUACAAUACAUUACUAAUGUUUUACAUCCACAUCUUGUAAAAGAAAAUACAAAAUUCCCCAUUCUUCUGUUUGUUGAUGGACACAAAAGUCAUAUCAAUUUUGAACUUAGCAAAGCAUGCAAAGAAAGAGGUAUAAUACUUAUAGCAUUAUACCCAAACGCGACUCGCAUCUUACAACCCGCAGAUGUAGCUGCCUUUAAGCCUAUAAAAAGUGCAUGGAAAAAAGGAGUAUUAGAAUGGAGAAGGGAAAAUGCGACAAAAAAUUUGACAAAAAUUGAUUUUGGUCCAAUACUAAGCAUUGUAUUAAAGAAAUAUAUAGACAAACAAAUUAUUAUAAACGGAUUUCGAGCUUGUGGAUUGUAUCCUUGGAAUCCAAAUGCAAUUAACUACCAAAAAUGCCUUGGCAAAAAUGUGACCCAAUCGACCAGAAUUCAAGAAAACAGACCACAAAGGGCAAUUACAUUCACAGACUUUGAAAAAAUCGUGGGACAAAACAUCGUAUCCCGUCUUACUUCUGAGACACCCGAUAAAUCAAAUUGUUUUUACAAAGCACUAAAAGACAUAUACGACCAUUUGAAGGGUAAAGAUAUAGAACAGGAAGACAGUACUACUUCAAGCGAUUAUUUAGUAAUAGAAAAUGAAUUGAUUACAAUAAAUGACAUACCGAUCGUAAUUUCAAACUCCAAUAAUAUUGAAGAAUCUCAUACUGACACUAUUGAAACUGAAACUACAGAGUAUACUGAAUUACUUACAACAGACUUAUUUGACGAUUUGGAGACCCUAAACCUAACAGAGUCCUACGAUUUGUCAGCAGAUAUUCGGAAUACUAUUAAAAUGAAUAAUAAUUACAAACAGAGCCAACUUAUAGCGAAUUCAGAUUCAGACACACAAAAUGACUUAAAAAAUGAAAUAUUAAAUGUUCUGGAACCUACCAGUGAUAAUGUCGUUAAAGGCCCUAAUCAAUUGAUGUCGCCUAAAUUAAAAGCUAUUGCUGAAAUGUAUAAUGUUGAAAAACCGAGCGAAAGUACAGGGACUGUUAAUGUUCUAAACAAAGAAUCAAAUGAAAUAACAAACCCAAAUUUAUUAGUAAUAGAUAACGUUACAGAGACUAUUAAUAAAUCAAAUAUUAAUAACCAAAACCAAAUAGCAGAGACAGAAAAUAACAAAAAAUAUGAUUUUAAUUUUGACAAUGCUAAAUGCGAUAACGAAAUGACACCACCGAAAUUAAAGGAAAUUCUCAAUUGGCCCCAGACACCACAACGUAAAGGGAAAAUUAUGACCCACAAUCCCAUUUAUGUCUUGACUAGCCGUGAAUGGCUUGAAAUCGAGGAAAAGAAAAAAAAUGAGAAGAAAACAAAAGAAAAAGAGAAAGAAGAACGUAAAAAAGAGAGAGAAGAGAAAAGAAAACAGACAUUAAAAAGCGUAAUAAAAAUAUCAAAGCAUACCAAAAAUAUGAAAAUCGAUUCGGAAAACUUAGAAAACAUUGAAAUAUUAAGACAAGAAGAAAAAGUUUCUAGGCAUCUAUUAAAUAAAAACUCAAAAAUUUAA